AGGGUAAAAACGUGCUUCCACUCAUGUACCAACUUCCUCUCCAGAUGUGAUUCGGGUUCUUAAACAGCAGCACAUGUUCGAGGCGUGAGCAGCUAUGGGAAUUAUUGUAGAGGACCGAGAGACAGUAGGUGCCCCAGAUGGUGGCUGGGGCUGGAUCGUUCUGCUUGGAUCUUUUGUCAUCACUGGCUUUUCAUAUGCCUUCCCGAAAGCUAUAAGUGUGUAUUUCAAAGAACUGAUGAACGACUUUGACUGUGGAUACAGUGACACAGCCUGGAUUUCAUCUAUAAUAUUAGCAAUGUUGUAUGGUUCAGGUCCAAUCUCCAGCAUCAUGGUUAAUAAAUUUGGAUGCCGGCCAGUGAUGUUGGUUGGAGGAUUGCUGGCCUCAGGAGGGAUGAUAAUUGCAUCUUUCACUUCUAACAUUAUCCAGCUUUAUCUCACUGCAGGUGUCAUUACAGGUCUUGGACUGGCUUUGAACUUCCAGCCAUCACUGAUUAUGCUGGGGUCUUAUUUUGACAAACGCAGACCACUUGCCAAUGGACUGGCAGCAGCUGGAAGCCCUGUAUUUCUGUCAGUUCUUUCUCCUUUAGGACAACUGCUGCUCAGCCACUAUGGAUGGAGAGGAGGCUUUCUCAUCACUGGUGGUCUUCUGCUCAAUUGUUGUGCCUGUGGAGCAAUUAUGAGACCCCUGAAAUGCAAAGAAAGGAAAGCGAUAGCCUGUUCCCAAGAGCUCAAGGAAAUGCCUGAGGCUGGACAAGAGAAUAUCGUUUGUGAAAACAAUAAUGAUACAAAGCCCAGUAAAAAGAAGCUUUUGGACUUCAGUGUACUUGCUGAUUUAGGGCUUAUUAUCUAUAUUAUUGCAAAAUUUAUAGUUGUCCUCGGCCUAUUUGUUCCAACUAUUCUUCUAGUCAACUACGCUAAGGACCAAGGAGUGCCUGACCAGGAUGCUGCCUUUUUGUUGUCUAUUAUAGGAUUUAUCGACAUCUUUGCUCGUCCCACAUGUGGGGUAGUGGCCGGUUUAAAAUGGAUCCGACCCAAGAUGCCCUAUUUCUUCAGCCUGGCCUUGCUCUUCAAUGGCCUGACAGAUGUUUGUUCAGCUACAAGCACAGACUAUAAGGGGUUAGUUAUCUUCUGUGUGUUCUUCGGGCUGUCUUAUGGCAUGGUGGGUGCUCUGCAGUUUGAAGUGCUAAUGGGUAUUGUGGGAAAAAGUGGAUUUUCCAGUGCACUUGGCCUAGUGCUUCUUAUUGAGGCAGUGGCUGUGCUGAUUGGACCUCCCUCUGCUGGUAUAUUGGUGGAUAAGUACAAGAACUAUGAACUGAUUUUUUAUAUGGCUGGAGGAGAGCUGAUCUUUGCUGGAAUAUUUCUUGCCGUUGCAUCAUUCUUCUUUAUUAGACGAAAGAAACACAAAGACGCACCGCAGAUACAUAAUGGUGAUGUGGCAAUCAAUCCUAAAGGAUAACCAUUGGAGAAAGCUGACAUUUGGGACAUUUAUGUUCAAUUAGUUAUGUUUUGUUUACUAAUGUGUAUUAUGAAGAUUAGUGUCUUGUAUUGUGUGUGUUUUUAGAUUUAAAAAUCUAAUCUUUUUCUAACUCUAAAAACCACUUUUGAACAUGCAGGUCAAUGAGAAAUGAGGAUGUUUGAGACAAUAAAAAGGUGAUCUUAGAGAUGUUA